AUGGCGAGCAAGAGCCAGCGGCGCGCAUGGCGGAUGCUGCUCCUGGCGACCAGCCGCAAGACCAGAUACCAGAAGUGCCUCAUCACGCCCAGCAGGAGGUUCAGCCCCUUCACCCUGCCGGGCACGAACGGACGGCGGAGCCAGGGAGGAAUCUGCAGCGCCCUGCAGGCGCGCCCAGCCGAGGGCUUGGGCGCCGACGCGGACAGGCGGGCCGGGCGGGCGCCCCGGGGUGUCCGGCGCAGCGCCGGCGGGGCGACGCCCAUCGCCAAGGUGGACCGGACGAAGACGGACAAGGUCCGGAAGGCGAUGUACCGGUCGGACGAUUACUACAAGUUCAGCCGCGACGGCAUGGCGACCUCCAUCGAGAACCUGAAGGAGAGCGCGGGGAGCGAGCUGCUGACCAAGAUCCGCUUAGCUGGCUUCGUGCACCGGGAGGAGUCUCUCACAUUCGUCCUGGCCCAGUCUUACGGGUUCUGCUGGGGGGUAGAGCGGGCGAUCGCCAUGGCACACGAGGCGCGCCGCUUCUUCCCUGAUAAAAAGAUCUGGUGCACCAACGAGAUCAUCCACAAUCCCGUCGUCAACGAUGGCCUGGAGAAGAUGGGCAUGGGGUUCAUCGAGCAGGACAAGACGAGCGGGAACAAGGACUGGAGCGUCGUGAACAAAGGCGAUGUUGUGCUGCUGCCAGCCUUCGGGGCGUCCGUGGACGAGAUGGCUUUCUUGCAGGAGAGGGAGGCUAAGAUUGUGGACACCACCUGUCCUUGGGUUGCCAGGGUUUGGGGCGCUGUAGAGAUGGCCAAGAGGAAAGGUUACACUGCGCUGGUCCACGGAAAAUACAACCAUGAAGAGACAGUAGCGACAACAUCUUUUGCUUCCUCGUACUUGGUGUUGAAAGGCAUCGAGGACGCGGAGUACGUCAGCAACUAUAUCAUGGAGGGAGGCAGCAAGGACGAGUUCAUGGCGAGGUUUAAAGGAUCUCACUCGGAUGGGUUUGAUCCAGAGACUGACCUGACAAAAGUUGGAAUGGCAAAUCAGACGACAAUGAUGAAGAGUGAGACGAUGAUGAUGGGGAAGCUGUUCGAAAGGACGAUGCUGAAAAAAUAUGGUCCUCAGAAGUUGAAGGAUCACUUCAUGACGAGUAACACCAUCUGCGAUGCGACACAGGACCGUCAAGAUGCCAUGUACAAGAUGCUCGGAAAGGAGCCUCGAGCUGUCGAUUCCAAGUUGUAUGCCGUCCUUGAAGAAGAGCAGCAGGAUGUUGAAUUUGACCUAGCAUCGGCUAAGGUGAAAGACGAUACGUCUUCAGCGGCAAUGGAGAACAAAAUGAAGGGGCCCUCGAAUCCUGUUCCCGAUGACUAUUCGGAGGCGGUGGAUUUCGUGCUCAUCAUCGGCGGGUUCAAUUCGUCGAACACAACCCAUCUAGCAGAGAUCUGCGAACAGGAAGAUGUGCCCGUGUAUCACAUCGACGAUGCGACGAGGAUUGGCGGUGCCAGUGGGCUCGAGAACACGAUUGAGCACAAGCCGCUCAUCACCCCGGUCAGUGUUGCGAUGGCUGGGGAGGGCCUCGAGGUAGCCAAGGGAGUCUUGACGCCAGGACGACCCAUGAGGAUCGGGGUCUCCUCCGGCGCCUCCACGCCCGACAAGAUCACGGAGGAGUGCCUGCAGAAGCUGCUCGCCAUCAAGGCCGAGGUGGACAGGCAGGCCGAGGCCUCCCUGCUGGCGGCGCAGGCCCUCAGCGAGCGGGCGCCCGCGCAGCUGCGGGGGCUGCUGUCGGCGCUGCAGGAGGCGAAUGUGAAGACCAACCUUCAAAAGAUCGCGGAAUUGCUUCAGAAAGAGGCGCUCGCCCCCUUCGCGAAGUCCCUGAUGGACGGGCCUCCCACCGAGCUGUCGUGCAACCUGGCCCUCCUGGGCGCGAAGGCCGGCAUCCUCACCCUGCCCGCCUGGUUCCGCGAGCGGGUGGAGCAGCACGAGGACACCGGCGCGCUCGGCAUCGCCGCCUUCUGCUCUUCGCGCCUGCAGCGCCGCCUCAGCGGCGGGCGAGGAGCGCGGUCGCCCUUCCUGCCCAAGGGCAUGGACGAGUCCAGCGUGUGCGGGGCGUGCGUGGCGGCGCUGCGCGAG